AUGGCAGCUACUCCGGAAAACCCUAUAGUUUUCUAUGAUCUUAUUAACGCCAACGGAGUACACUGGUCUCCAAACACCUACAAAACUCGACUUUGUUUGGAGUACAAAGGACUUCCAUACCGUGUUGAAUACUCUACGUUACCUGAAGUCGAGUCAAAUAUGAAGAAACUUGGUGUGCCGCCAGUCAAAGCUACAUCCCCUCAAUACACUCUUCCAGUGAUUGCAGACCCUUCAGGCGACCCCGAUGGCAAACCCCAUUAUGUCGGAGAUUCGUUUAAUAUCGCUGUCUAUCUAGACGAGAAAUACCCGGCCCCGCGAUACCCGGCGAUAUUCAACUCUAAUGCGCGUAGCAUCGAGCAUUUAUUCAUACACCAAUAUCUUCCAACCGUUGCCCGAGUCGGAAGCACGGUGGUCAUGCCCAAGCUAGGUCAGACCCUCGACCAAGAAUCGAUUGAAUAUAUAAAACGUACGAGGGGAGUGUCAUUCAACUCUCUUCCACAAGGGGAGGCUGAAGAAAAGUGGAAAGCGUUUCGUGAAAAGUUCUUUGAGAUGGGGUUAUCUCUAGAUUAUCAGGACGAGAAUGGUCCCUUUAUCUCUGGGAACAGACCGUCGAUGAUUGAUUUUGCCAUAGGAGGAUGGUUUCACUUGCUUCAACGGAUCGCCCCUUCAGGGUUGGAACAAAUCCUUGAUUGGAAAGAGGGAAGAUGGAGACUACUCUGGGAACACAUCCGAGAUAUCGAGGGAAGGUCGUCCCGCGGAAUAAUGGGCUAA